CUCAAAACGGCUAUUAGGAUGAACAGCUCGAGGUAUGAAAUGUUUCGGUGGUGAAGAAAAAGGCUCCAAACCCGCCUGUUAUAAUUUACAACUGCUCUUCAUUUCUUUCUCCCGUCUUCUUUGACAGCUUUUUAUAUUUUUGUCUUAAUCAUCGGCGUUCUGACUAUUCUUGAUAUUCCCGAAAAGUUUUUAGUCCGGAAGGCGGAAUGUUAGCGGGCUGUGUCAUUCGAUGGGCUGUGGUCAUAUACGGAUCAGCGUUCUUUCAGCAUGUUUACUUUCAGUUAAAGGCCAGCCAUCCAUGCCUACAUUUGCGGGACCAGUGUCCAGUCUAACAGUGGCCAAAGGACGAGACGCAACGCUGAAAUGUGUCGUCGACAAUCUUGGCAGUUACAGGGUGGCUUGGGUGCACGUGGACAAGCAAACGCUACUGACAAUACACACUCACGUGAUAACCCGGAAUAAAAGAGUCUCCGUGUCCCAUCACAAUUUCAGAACCUGGCUGCUUCAUUUAAAGAACGUUCAGCAAGAAGAUAGCGGUUACUACAUGUGCCAAGUGAAUACUCAACCAAUGAUAAGCCAAGUUGGAUACUUAGAAAUAGUUGUUCCUCCGGAGUUCGUCAACGAUGUCGUAAAUCGGAAUAUAUCCGUAGCUGAAAAUGCUAACAUCACGCUAUCCUGCAGAGCAACGGGCAAUCCAAUUCCCAAGAUCAAAUGGAGAAGGGAGGAUGGACACCCUAUUUUAGUAGGUCAACAGAAAGUGGAUCUCUAUGAUGGAGAAGAGCUGAAUCUGUUCAAAGUGUCUCGGCAGAGUAUGGGAGCUUAUUUAUGCAUAGCGUCCAAUGGCGUUCCGCCGGCCAUCAGUAGAAGAAUGCAUGUUGACAUAACAUUUCCUCCUAUGAUCUGGAUCCCCAACCAGCUUGUUGGUGCUCCGGAAGGGGAUGAUAUAGCAUUAGAAUGCCACACAGAAGCUCAUCCGGCGGCGACUAAUUUUUGGGUUAGAAGCGAUCAUGUGGUAGGCACAUCAGAUGACAAAUAUGAAACAUACCUGAUAGCAAAUGGAUAUAAAGUGCAUAUGAAAUUAGUCAUAAAAAAUCUCAAUAAGGAUGAUUAUGGUGUUUACAGAUGCGUGUCUAAAAAUGCUCUUGGAGAAACAGCGGGUUCUGUAAAUUUGUACAAAAUUAAAGCAACCAGUGCUUUUAACAGAAACAUUCCCUUAACAUCCCCAACUUCUGAUCAAACUGUGUACAAAGUAGCAGAAAUAGAGGUGGAAACUAUGGGAAAUCCUGGAAUUCAUGACAACCUUUCUCUUCAAGAAGAGGAAACAGAAAUCAGUGUUGGACAUAGCACAGGUACUCAAGUUUCAAUUAUGAUAAUACCAUAUAUAUUAAUAAAUGAUAUACCUGUGAAUGUAGAGAAAAUUGUUUUAAUUUUAUUAAAAUUAUUCUAAAAAAAUAUCAGUACGUCAAUAAAAACUUCCAUAUCCCAGAAUUUAUAUAGUAGU